CUUUACUGACUGCUGCCUGCACUGGCUGCUUUUUCCAGUCCAAGAUCAACACCAGGAGGGGAGUCAGAGAGCUGGUGCAUGAGGCCCUCAGGUCCUGCUCGGAGAACCCAUGGAAUCAGACAUCAUGCCGUUACACGCCUCCUCUCCCCCUCCACUGGAUGAUGACAGUGAUGGGGAUUCGGGAUCAGAGGAGGACGGGUUUGGGGACUUUGGGGGAUUCUCAGUCGGGGUGUCCUGCUCACCUUCUGGUUUUACUGAUUCACUAUCCAGCCUCAGACAGCCUUCAACCUCCACAAAACCAGCCACCCAUCAACCCAACUGUAGCUUUAAUCAACCUGUUGAACAAUCUCAACACACAUCUGCUGUGGACUCGGGGACCGACAGGAGCCAGAUAUGCGUGGAAGGACAGGACUGUAACACUAAAUCACGUGUGCACCUCACAAACGGGUACUCUGACAGAGACUCCGGGACCCACAUAGCGUCUGCAGCGGGUGCGUGCUCCCCGAGGGAAGAAACAGGGUUUGCUGAUUUCACUGUGUUUACAGAGCAGGCGGCACAUCCCUGGUGCUGUGGUUUCUCUCCCAUGGGCGGCAGAGAGCUAUGGGAUGGCAGAGGGAAUGGGACAAUCUCUUCCAACAGUUUGGGUGAUCCAGAACAGGAAGUUGUUAUGGACUCUGAGCCCAGGUCUCAUUGUGCACGUAAGGAAAACGUUUGCACUAAGGUCAAGCACUGUGAGGACGGAGAUGCAGCACCAUCUCAGGACCACCAUCAGCCUCAGGGAGCUGCAGCCGCUUUGGGUUUUACAUCUGAAGAGCAUCGCUCUGGGGAGAAAGAGACAUCUGCAGACAGUCAGAAAGACAGGAGGCACGGUUUUAAUUCUGUACAAACGACGGAGGCAAGGGAGGAUGAAGAAUCAGACGAAGAAAGAGAAGAGCGGAGCAUUUCCACAUUUCCCCAAACAUUCAGUGUGUAUGAGUCUGCGUCAGAGGACCUGACGUCCGUCUGUGAUGAAUUGUCAUUUGACAGUCCUUCUGUGGACAUGGAACCAAAUGUUUCGUCUCUUGCUUCACAAGAUCAGACAGACUGCGACCAGACUGAUGAUGAUGACGUAGAGGAACUGGAAAACUACAGGCAUCCUGACUGUUUUGUCAACAACAGCGCGACAAAUCUCAGACAGUCGAGGGCAGGGGAGAGUUUUCAUUAUUGCAACCAAUCUGCAACUCAGGAAACUGCUGCUACCUCCAACCACUCACAACCUGAAACACACUCAGAAGACAAAUUUGCAGACUUCAAAGACUGCAGUUUUGAGUAUCACAGGGACCAAGGACACGUCCAAACAGCUGAUGCAGGGGUGCAGAGUUUGGGAAACCUCCCACCGAGUGACAGCUUUGCUGAUUUCUGCUCGGCGCCCACGCAGGAGGAUGGAGAGACGUCGUGGGCGGAGUUCAAGGACCCGAGGGUUCAGGAGGAGGGAAAAACUUGGACGCAGUUCAGAGAGCAAGUCAGCAGCCUGCAGACGGACGGGGACACUGAGGAGGAGCAGGACAGGGCGGGGCGAUGUGGGGUUUCCAGGAGGAGCAGCUGUCAGCUGUCACAGUCCUGCCGUGUCCAGCAGCUUCUCCUGGUCAGUUUCCCGGAGGUCGAGGUCCCAGCUGUGGAGGGUGAGGAGGAGGUGAUCAGCCUCACUGCUCAUCUUCACGCCCAACACCUCCCUGAGAGUGAGGAGGAGGGGAUACCUGAACCCUGUCCCAGAUCUCAGUGGAUUCGGCGGGGCAUGUGGUGGCCACACCAGGACCUCCACGAUGCAGUUGGCCUUCAGUUUCAGUGGGGAGGUUCGCACACAAACAGCACUCUGCUCAGGUGUCUUGGUGUGGAGACGAGGAAUAUUGUGUUCAUUGGCAUGAAGAAGCAGCCAGUGGCUGUGCCUGCGUUUGCAUCCAGUCUGGGAAUGCUGGAGCCCACCAAAGACUCUGUGCCGGCUGUCUGUUCUCCAGGACACACAGCGGUCACCACACAAGCACCUCCAGGGCGCCGGGACACACCGGACCCCUCAACAGAUUCAAUGCAGGAGGCGCGUCCUUCCAGCCAGCUGGACUGGAGCAGCCGUGGCCUUAGCAGCUCUCAGGACGGUACGUCCCCUCGCCGAGCCCCUCUCUUCUGGGGCUGGAAGUAGACUUCAGUAUCAGCCAUCCUCUGCGUGGCUUCUUCUAAUAAGCCUAAACGUUUGAGAGUUUCACUCUGGUCUCCUCACUUCCUCCAGGGCAUGUUUCUGCUUCUUUUAAUUUCACGCUGUGUUUCCCCUCUGUUCACUCAGUGGUAGUGGCUUACCACAACAUUUUGUGAAUUGUAUUUCCUCUCGUCAAUAACACAGAUGGACCCAGUGUUCAGAAAUCCUGUUUUUGUCAUUAGAAUUUGUCCAAACAAGAAACCUUACAGAGAUAUAACAUCCAACGGACCCGUAAACUGGGACCUAAAUACAACAAAUGUGCAACCAAACUGAAAAAUGACCCAUCGGUCACAAUCGUUCCAGAACAAAUAAGGGGAAACACUGAACUGGCUUCCCUUUUCUCCCUCCCUCAGCUACUCUAGUGUCUCAUCUUUACCUGCUGCCACCUUUUACGAGGAAUUUAUCUCAGUAUUUGUCAGUCCCAGUUGUUACUGGCAAACUUUGUGGUGUCCGUCUUGUAGUUGUAAUAACUAAUGUAGGAAAAGGCUACUGAAAACUAUUGCGAAGGCUACUGAAAACAAGAUAUGCAUACUGUUAUUGUGCCACUCAGUGAUUCUGAAGCUGUUUUUGAACUACAACACAAUGUGAAAUCAAUGUCACAUUUAAAAAGCACUACACUCUAAAUAUUUGUCAAACGUGGAGCAUGCAAUGUUGAUUAAUGCAGACGUGUUUAUCCACUGGACCGUUUUAUUUUGAUUUAUUGGUGGCCACUGUGGAAGUUAAACGAACACUUCCAGUGUUAAUACUUAUCUACAUUUUGCCCCAUGCAUGACUUUAUUACGCACUUAGCCUUUAGAUCUGACAGCAUCAUCCAAUUUUGGGAUUUAUUUGACUCUGAAGUGUCUGUAGUUUCUAAUGGAAACUAUUAAUUUGUUUAAAUUAUGAGUUAUGUGGGACACCUUUUGGUGAAGAGAAACCAAAAAAUAAAAAAAAAGAAGAUAACACUGGCAAUCAGUCAUUCUGUGGUGAGGAGAUAUUUGAUUUGAUAAGACUCAGAUUUAGUGCAGUAGUGUUAAGAACAGUAUUUGCACUGAAAUUCACAAAUGAAUUACAAGUAUGAGUGAAAUUACUAUUUAUGGAGAGCAUUCUUUGGUAAAUUACAUUGAAUUCACUUUAGCUUCAUACAUGGAUUUGUCAGUUAAUGACAGACGGACAAGGACCCGAGAUCUAAUAAAUCAGAUUUAAAACAUUUAACAAAAUUACAAAACAAUAGAAACACCAGAAAAAAAAGCAUGAAUAAGAAAUUCAACAAAUUAGCUCGUGUCUUGGUGUCCUUGUGAACUUUUAUAGGAAGCGUUUGUUAAGUUUGGCUCUGGUUUUUGUAGCUGUUACAACUGAUGUGUCUUUAACUUUUCCACCAGUUUCUUGGAAGACACCGAGAUGAGUCCACAGUUAUACACAACAUUAACAUUUAGAUUAAACUGGGUUAAAAAACAAAAACUUUCUGUUUGUUCUGAUUUUGUGUUUGACAAGAAGAUGUUCAGAGAUAAGGUGUAAUUUGGUGAAUAUAAAUACCAAACAUCGACAUCCGAUCAGUGUUGCAGUAGUACGGUACACACAGCAGAGGGCAGUGUAUUCUCCGCAGGUUGUGCUGAGUGCAGCAAAAAAAGGUUAAUACAUUUUCUGUAUUCAGGGUAGGAAUAAAUCGAAGUAAUUUAAAUAAAUUAAAGUCAA